UUCAUCAUAACACGACCACGUCACUCCACAUCCCGCUCGACUGAUUUGAGGAGGACUAGGUGGGCGCCUCUGUUUCGAAUGCGUACUGUUUAUAUCUAUCCUGGAUUAUGCUCAGUAUAAAAUUUACUUUAUUUGUGCACACACUCAAAGGACCAUAAAACGUUACUAACGUUUAUGAGGACACUAAAAUCUACGCUUUGCUACACUCCACGUCAACGAGCCAGCGCGGGUAGCAUUGACCAGAAAGAAGGCACAAUGUCACCAAGCGUGGAUACCGCAGUGACCAGAGUUCUCCCACUCCCCACCCACUUUGCACAUGCGGAACAGUCCUUCUCCUUGAAAAAGCGUCGGCACCCUUUCUGCUCCUCGUCCACGUCCAACUCUUCUGUCUCCACCCCUGAUCAACUGUCGCGUUCUCUGCCGCCGUUGGCGCCGUCAAAGGAGUCUCUCUCUGUGAGCCGCUUCUUCCAGCAAAAAGCGUCCCCCUGGACGCCCCUGUCUUGUUCGCUCAGCCAGUUGGCUCCUCCGGAAUCUGUGUACGACCCCAAAAAGCAGCAGUCGUAUUUCAAUCAGUGCUUCACUAUGCUGGGCCUGCUGGGAAGGGGUUCCUUUGGUGAAGUCUACAAGGUUCAAAAUAACAAGGAUGGCCGCCUGUAUGCUGUCAAACGCUCGCUCAAUCGCUACAGGGGCAACAGUGACAGGAACCGCAAGGUGAGGGAGGCUAGGAACCACGAGCGGGUCUGCCCGCACCCUCACAUCCUCAACUUGGUCGCCGCCUGGGAGGAGUGCGGUCGGCUGUACAUCCAGACGGAACUGUGCCACACCAGUUUGCUGCUCCACGCAGAGAGCCAGACUCCUGGUAAUGAUGAGCGUGGGGCAUGGUGGUACUUGUGCGACCUCCUCUCAGCUCUGGACCACCUGCACUCUCGCAGUUUUGUUCAUAUGGACCUGAAGCCCGCCAAUGUGCUGGUCACGGCCUCCGGGCGCCUCAAACUGGGCGACUUUGGGCUUCUGCUGGAGCUCAACGAGAGCAGCUUGGAGAAAGUGAGAGAAGAUGACCCCGGAGGAGAUCCCAGGUACAUGGCUCCUGAGCUCCUACGGGGGGAGUAUGGACCCGCCGCAGAUGUUUUCAGUUUGGGUGUUUCCAUUCUGGAGCUUGCGUGCAACAUUGAGGUCCCCAAUGGUGGGGAGGGCUGGCAGCAAAUUAGACACGGGCACCUCCCUGAGGUCGCGAGGGGGCUUUCCACCGACCUUCAGAAAGUUCUUCAGAUGAUGCUUUCUCCAGAGCCUUCAGAGAGGCCGACAGUGCCUGAGCUUCUUGCGCUGCCCGCAGUGAGGAAACACAGAUGGAAGAGACACGCUUACCUUAUUUUCACAGAAACCAUGCUGACUUUGGCCUUCUUCUGCCGGGUGGUGGUAGACUUUGGUCGGCGAAUUUUCUCUUCUCUUUACUUGGAGAGUGUCCUGCCGAGAAUUCAAGAGGACUAG